CCGGCACAGUGCCCCCUGCCUGCAUAUAGACACGCGUCCUCCUGGUAGCCCAGCCUCCUGCUCCUGCUCUCGCCCCCGUCCCCCCUCCCCCUCCGUCGGCCCUCGCCCCCUGGGGGAUGAGCCAUGUCCGCUACCCCCCCUGCCGCUAAUGCCGCUGCCGCCCCCUCGGCGGAGCCGGACCACCUUUCCCCGAGCGCCCUCAAGAAUAUGCUCGCACAGGGGGUCCCACAACGGUCGAACUCCCUGAUCGACCGCCGCCGCAACAAGGUCCCCUCGCUGAAGAUCGCCAUCCUCUCCACCGGCGCCGGCGUCGCCGCCUCCAACCCCGGAUCCAGCUGUUCAUCGCCGCUGAGUCUCGAGGCUCCGGGACUCGGGGGCGCCCGUGGCGGCGACUCCAACGACCUGCGCCCCCUGCCCUCGCCUCUGGGCGGUGGCCGAUCCUCCUCGGCUCCGCUGCACGGUCCCGCGUCCAAGCUCUCCAUCAGCACGGUCCUGGAUGAGCCGAGCUCCGCCCCGCCGGCCGACGCCCGGCCGCCGGCGCUCAACCUCCCCCAACCGUCGAUAAGGCAAAGCCAGACGGUCGGCGGGGGCGGCGGUGGGGGUGGCGGUGCCCAUGCGGCCGGUGAUGACUCCAUCCCCUCCAUGGUCCUUCCUUUUCUCUAUCUGGGCGGCGAGCACCACGCCCGCGACGCCGCGCGCCUGUCCACCUUGGGAAUAUCCGCUCUCCUCAAUGUGGCCAUCGAGUGCGAUGUGCCGCCCGGCGCGGCGGCCAAGAUGUCCCCCCCCCUGCACGGCAGCAUCGAUCCAAAGCAGCAAAUCAUCCCCAACUCGGCUCCCUCCUCUCCGGAGCUGCUGAACACCAUCAACUCCUCCUCCUCCUCCUCCUCCUCGGUCACCGGCAGUCCGGAUGCGGGCACCUCCAUUGCCCCGGCCGAGAGCAUCACACCGCCCUUGCCGCCAGUCAUCACCAGCUACUGCCAUUUGCCGAUCCGGGACAAUCUGGAGGAGGACAUCAUGCAGUACUUUGAGCCUGCUUUCAAGUAUAUCGACGCCUGUCGCGAACGCAGUGAGAAGGUCCUCGUACACUGUGCGGCCGGUCGGUCACGCUCUCCCACCGUCGUCAUGGCGUACUUGAUCGCCCGCGAGGGCUGGACCCUUGCUAAGGCGUAUGAGCACGUUCAGAACCAGCGCCCCUUCGUCUGCCCCAACCUCGGGUUCAUGUUCAUCCUGGCCGAGUGCGAGCGCGUGUCCAAGCAGCGUCGCGCCUCGGAGCGCACCGCCUGCGACAGCCCUUCCUGUCCGCUGCUGGGACCGAUGAUCGUGCUCCCGGGCGAUGUCCCCAGCGAGCAGUGCAGCUGCUUGGCAUCUCCCCGGUUGGCGUCCCCUUUCCUGUCGUCGGCGGCCAUUGCCGCGGCCACGGCCGCCGCCGACGCCCGGACACCACUCCCCCUCGACGGCGAGUACACCGUUCCGAUCCUGCCGCACUCCCUCAACACCGGUGGCGCCGGGGCCGAGGGCAAUAGUGGUGCCGAUGCCAGCUCCAUCGCUGCUGCCAUCGCCGCCACUGGCACCGGCCCCGCUACUGGACCCGGUCACCGGGGUUCCUCCUCCGGGACGUCGACGCCCCCUUCCAUUGCCGAGCCCCUGCGUCAUCAUCCUCAUCCGCACCAGCACCAGCACCAGCACCAGCACCCGUCCGGCCUCACUGCCGCGGGUCCCGGAGGGGGACCCACCUCCCUCGCUCCCUUUUCUUCCUCCACUUCCUCAGUAUCCACCCAGGCCACCGAACAGAUCCUACUUGGUCUAAACCGCGCUUCGAUCUCCUCGCAUCCGCCGCGUGUCCUUGUUCUUGGCGGCUCCGAUGACGGGGCCGCUGGCGAUGAUGCUGACCCAGGCCCUGCCAGCAGCUCGGCCCUUGCUGCUGCUGCCCCCCCGCCUGCCUCCCGGCUGGCUGAUGGCACCCAUGCGGCGUUGGCUCCGUCGUCUGCUGCCCCUGCGACGACCGAGAGCACCGGCGGCGGCGGUGUCUUCCAUGCGCCAAUCAGCCUGGACACCCUGAAGCAGGUUCCCCCCUUUGACACUCCUUCCACCACUUCCUCCUCCUCUUGUUAA